AUGAGGAUCCAGGCGCUCAUCCUGUUCAUCUCAGCCAUGACUGCUCAGCAGGCAACGUCAGGAGCCCCCAGCACAGACGCGGCACUGUCCGAGCCCCUCAGCUCUCCAGGUGACUUUGCGCCCUCCAGACUCAGAGGACGUCCCACGGUGGAGCAGCGGGACGCCGAUGAGCCAGAAGACGCCAGCCUGUGCUUCUUUUUGAAGGAGAAGGACGUGGAGAGCCAGGUCUCCUGCAAGCAUCGACUGAACCUGCGCAGCAAAUUCAACUACAACCCGUUCGGGCUGCGCUUUGGGAAGCGCGGAGGACACUCGAAGCCGCCCAGCGAGAGGUGGAGGAGAGGGAGGCUGCUGCCUGUCCUGCUUUCAGUCAGACAGCUGGAGGAGGCUUCAUGA